AUGAAGAAAAAAGGCGCUUUGAAGUUUGAACAGAAACUGGCGGCGCUCCAUUAUUUUCACAUUACCUUAUUAACUUCAAUUACAAGAAGUAUUCUUGUUUCCCAACACUUAGUUGAUUUGACGAAAACAUUUCAGAAUUACUUUCAAUCGAACGAAUACUCAAAUGAAAAGGGGAGAAAAUUUCUUUACAAAAGCUUUUCACAAUUCCUAGGAGAUUUUGCUUGUUCCAUUUUCCUUAAGAUAGAACAUAAAGAUUACAAAAAUGAGAAAACAAUGAAAAAAGGCGAUGCCUGGAGCAAUAAGGGAAUUAAAUAUACUUGA